AUGACUCAGUGGCUAAUGAUUUCUUUUGUAGAAGGAUGGCGAAGCAUUGUGACAUUAUUGUUUUGGUCGUCGGAUACCGGCUAUCGGUAUCCGGCCGGCUAUGAGGACGGAUUCAAGGUGUCGAAAUGGUUAGGGAAGCAGGCGAAUUUGGCGGAAUGUAAUAAGUUGAUGGGGAAUUCAAGGCGACCUGGAGGAGAAGUGAAGAAAUCAGAAGUGAAUAAACAUAUAGUUGAUGCUUUUGGUGCAUCUAUGGUUGAUCCUUGGCUUGCAACUCAUGCUCAUCCCUCGAGAUGUGUGCUUCUUGGUGUGAGCUGUGGUGCCACCAUAGCAGACUAUGUAGCCCGCAAAGCCAUUGAAGCAGGUCAAAAUCUAGACCCAGUCAAAGUAGUGGCUCAACUCCUAAUGUACCCAUUCUUCAUCGGUAGCGUUCCCACACAGUUCGAGAUCAAACAAGCAAAUUCAUACUUCUACGACAAACCCAUGUGCAUUCUCGCUUGGAAGCUCUUCUUACCAGAAGAAGAAUUCAGCUUGGACCACCCGGCAGCGAACCCGCUCAUUCCAGGCCGAGGCCCACCACUCAAGUUCAUGCCACCGACACUAACCAUUGUCGUAGAGCAUGACUGGAUGAGAGACCGAGCCAUCGCUUACUCAGAAGAGCUAAGGAAAGUCAAUGUAGAUGCUCCUGUGCUAGAGUACAGAGAUGCGGUACACGAGUUUGCAACACUCGACAUGCUUCUUAAGACUCCACUAGCUCAAGCUUGUGCAGAAGAUACCGCGAUUUGGGUCAAGAAAUACAUCUCUCUCGGCGGCCACGAGUUCUCAUACUAG